GCAGGUUGUCGGUAAUAAAUAGGAAACCAUGCAGGGCCGUUAGCAUUAGCAGUGAUAACCAGAAUGAUUUGACAGACAAAGACGGCUGGAUAUUCAUUGAAACAGGGAGCUCAUAUAAUACUCAAUACUCUCCACGCAGUUGGACUUUGUCGUGAAAUUAGGAUCUCGCCGAUUUCCUCUUUAUUGAAACAGAUAAUCGACUGGGCCACCUGAAACUCCAGAGCGCUUUAGUCAUGCACAGGAACGGUCUUAAAACGGUUUCUCUCGUUUUGCAGAAGUUUCACAUUAAAGGAAAAUGGAAACAAUGUCUGACAAGGAAGAAAUGGCGUCGGAAGGAAGUCUGAAUGUGACGCUGACGCUGAGGCUGCUGAUGCAUGGAAAGGAAGUCGGCAGCAUAAUUGGGAAGAAAGGAGAAACAGUCAAGAAAAUGAGGGAGGAGAGUGGUGCUCGUAUCAACAUAUCGGAGGGGUCGUGUCCCGAGAGGAUCGUCACCAUCACAGGACCGACGGAGGGCAUCUUCAAAGCUUUCUCCAUGAUCGCUCAGAAGUUCGAGGAGGAUAUUACCGCAGCGAUGACAAACAGCACCGUGACAAGCAAGCCCCCUGUGACACUUCGCCUGGUGUUCCCAGGGAGCCAGUGUGGCUCGCUGAUUGGCAAAGGAGGCUCGAAGAUUAAAGAGAUCAGAGAGACCACGGGCGCUCAGGUUCAGGUGGCAGGAGACAUGCUGCCGGACUCCACAGAGAGGGCUGUCACAAUUUCCGGCACUCCACAGGCCAUCACUCAGUGUGUACGACACAUCUGUGCCGUCAUGCUGGAGUCUCCACCAAAAGGAGCGACUAUCCCCUACCGACCCAAGAGCAUUCCUGCCGGAGCCCAUGCAGUGUUGGCACCACAACACCAUGCACAAGCCUACGCCAUUCCAGGGCAGUAUGCUUUCGCUCACCAAGAUUUGACCAAGCUUCACCAGUUGGCUAUGCAGCAUAUCCCCCUCCCUUCCCUUGGGCAGAGCAACCCUACCUUCCCUGGAUUGGAUAUAUCUGCCCCCACAAGUUCACAAGAGCUGGCAAUACCUAAUGAUUUUAUUGGCUGCAUAAUUGGAAGACAAGGCAGCAAGAUCAAUGAGAUCCGGCAGGUCUCUGGAGCUCACAUUAAAAUUGCCAGUGCCACUGAUGGCUCAGCCAUGCGCCAGGUCACGAUCACGGGCUCGCCGGCCAGCAUCAGCGUCGCCCAGUACCUCAUCAACGCCAGCUUAGAGAUGGCUAAAUACACCAUGCAGGCCGCUUCCUCUGCGACCCCAGUUGACCUCAACAUGAGCUUCUCUCACUGCGCUCCCACUGCCUCCAACGCUGCUGCCUCUAUGGCCAUCCUGGCGGCCUCCACCCAAACCCCCAACAUUAACGUCCACUCUCCCUCCGCCUUACAAACCUUACAAAGCCCACAUUACGUCCCCGUUUCCAGCCUGCUUGGCAUGAAAACCCUCCCCCUCCUGACUGUCCACCCAGCAGGCGCUUCCGGCCUAACUCAUGGUUUAUGCCCUUACAGCGCAAAAAUGUCGACCUCCGGCAUCAAAAAGUCUGAGCGGCAGAAGUUCGCUCCCUAUUGAUGUCUGCUUUUUAAGUCACGUCAGUGUAGCUGACUGGUAAGACAUUCGUUAAAUGAUCCAAAAAAAAAUUCAAAAGAAAUCACAUUGAGCAUACAUAGGCUUACGAAUAGCUUACACCGCUGUGUGUGAGUUGUUCCAGCGUAACACUUGUCUUCCAUAAAUUGGGAGAAUAUUAGAAACAGACGGAACGCAUGGUAGUAUCAAAACAUGUCCUCAUUAAUUAACACAGGCAGCAGAGGUGCAUAUUAACUCAGCCAUAUCUCGGAGACAUGCUUAACAAUUAAUGUGGGGAACUCAGGCUUGUAUUAGUAUCCUAGAAAAAGGUAUAUAUAUAUAUUUUCAAAUGGAUUCAUGUUACAGAGCUUUAUACUUACUACUUACUCCAGGAGAGGUAUUUUCAAAUGCAAAAGAUGCAAAUGUUGACUUAGUUUUCUAUCUCUGUAACUAGUUUACAAUCUUUGUUGUUUGUUUGUUUGUUAGGUAAUGCAACGGAGCAUCAUAACACGUGGUGCUCUGUUGGCAGCAGGCUGUUGAAAUGUGUGUCUCGUACAGUAGAAGUCAGUGUGUUAAGUAUUUUGUCAACUCAACCUUUCCUUCACUUUAGGCUCUCAUCAGUGCUAACAGGCAUGGGUGUUCUGUAGUAGCGUUGCGCUGCUGCAGUUCUGAUGGGAUUAUCCUAAAGCCACAUUGGAUUCUAGUGGAUUCCACUACGCAGUAAUCCCGUAGAGCUGGACUGGCCCAACUAACUCAUUUAUUGUAUUUGUACGCCAGCUUCUCUCCUGUUUAUCUUCCAACCUAAACGACUGGAACGCUUCGACUUUCAGCAUCUGAAAAAUGGACGCUGAGCAAUUAUUGCGAUAACUGUCUUAUUCAUGUGUUUUUUUGGUGUGGGUCCGCCCCCAAACAAUGCGGGGCUGUAAUAUUUGAAAUGACUUUGGAAUAAAUGUGACUUUUUAUGAAUACA